CACAAUGACAACCCCUCACAUGCCCAUUCCUGCAAUUCCACAUUUAUAACACGUUUUUCAUCGAUCACGUCCCCUUCAUCCUCGCCCUGUCAACGUACGUGUACCCACACUGCACCACCUGCUCCUCCCGUCCCCUCUUCGCUCUCCUCCUCCUAUCUUUUCAUGCCUCAUCUCUGCACUCUGAUGGAUCCAAGGAAGCACACACAUCUCUUCUGAAGCAAACUGCCCAACUGGAGGUGCUCAUGGAUUGCCUGCAGGAGUGGCCGGAGCCGAUCGUCCCCGUGCAGUCCUUAUCGGAGGCGCCGACCCUUCCCGACCGCUACGUAAAGCCGCCGUCCCAGCGGCCCUCGGUCGGCGACGCCGCACGCAGCCUCGACAUUCCGGUCGUCGACCUCGCCAUGCUGCCCGGUGGCGGCGUCGUCGAGGCGGUGUCGGAGGCGUGCAGGCACUGGGGGUUCUUCCAGGUGGUGAACCACGGCGUGAGCCUGGAGCUGGUGAGGAGGUUCCGGGAGGCGUGGAGGGGAUUCUUCCAUCUGCCCAUGGAGGAAAAGAAGAGAUACGCGAACUCGCCGAGGACCUACGAGGGCUACGGCAGCCGGCUCGGGGUCGACGAGGGCGCCAAUCUGGACUGGGGAGACUACUACUUCCUUCACUUCCUGCCUUGCUAUCUCAAAGACCAUGACAAGUGGCCUGCAGUCCCACCAUGCUUGAGAGAGGCGACGGACGAGUACGGCGUGGAGGUGAGGAAGCUGUGCAGGAGAGUGAUGAGGGCGCUGUCGCUCGGCCUGGGCCUGGACGCCGACCGCUUGCAGAAGGCCUUGGGCGGCGACGACGAGGGCGUCUGCAUCAGGGUCAACUUCUACCCCAGGUGCCCGCGGCCGGACCUCGCGCUGGGGCUGUCCCCGCACUCCGACCCCGGCGGCAUGACGGUGCUGCUAGCGGACGACCACGUCCACGGGCUCCAGGUCUGCAAGGACGGUGUGUGGAUCACUGUCCACCCCCUCCCCAACGCCUUCAUCAUUAACGUGGGGGAUCAGAUUCAGGUGCUGAGCAACGCAGAGUACAAGAGCGUCGAGCACCGGGCGAUCGUCCACGCCAAGGAGGAGCGCCUCUCCGUGGCCUUCUUCUACAACCCAAGGAGCGACAUCCCCAUCGGACCGGUGCCGGAGCUCCUCACGGUGACCGGCCGCGCCGCCCUGUACCGGCCCAUGACCUUCGACGACUACCGCCUGUUCAUCCGGCGCAAGGGCCCUCGCGGCAAGUCCCAGGUCGAGUCACUCGAGGCCAUGGCCAUCCCAGGGACUUGACCGGCCCCCGCCCCCCCCCGUCGUCGUCCUGCUCCGCGACACUCUUCCGAUCCCAAGAAGAACGAUGAGGACCCGACGAGGGAGCACAGAGAGCAAAGCUUGGGACAAAUGAUAAGUAAUAUCACAACCGAUUUGGCAUAGACAUCCCGUUCUUCCUUUCUUUCACUCGAGAACAGUAAGCAAACGAUUCGAUGUUGAUGUCUGUAAAAGGUAGUGGGUUUUCUUCCA